CUGAAUAUCCACAACGCCACAGCCGCCCACCUGCAGCUGCUUUUCCUCACUUUUAGUUGGCUUUUCCGGGGGAUAAACGGACCUCUUCCGAUAUUAAAAUGGAUACACUUAAGGGAAUGCUGAAGGCAUACGAGGCGUGGGUGGCCAAGAACCCGGACGUGGUGGGCGACUUUGAAACGACGGCCAAAUGGGUGUCCUACUUUAUAGCAGGACGCAUAUCCUCCUCGAAUGUGGUGAGCGAGCUGGUCUAUACGCUGUCCAACAUGCUGGUGUUCUACAACGAUCGGAUCAUCCAAAGGGCACGCAAUGCCGGCGAGAAUUCGGUGGUGCGACUGCAAUCGAAACUUUGCUACCGUCUAAAGGUCACGCUGACGACGCUCGAGUACAGCGAGGUCUUCAUCGAGAUAUCGGCACGCCGGCUUUUCGGCCAGACUGGGAAGUGGCUGGUGAUAGCACUAAUACAGGCCUUCAAAGCGGCCGGACGUUGGUUUAUCUUGAAGCACUCCACCUCGGAUAUUAUCACCUCGCCACCCAUCGCCUCGCUGAAUCGCCGGGCUUUGUCCAAGCAGGGCAAGGCGGCAAAUGAGGCCCCUGCCAGCGAUCCCGUCUUGCAGUCGCAGCACUCGAUCACUUUCCAAUUGAAGCGUUCCGGCCGUGUCAUUCGCAAAGUGGAAGGCGCUCCGCCGCUGCAGUAUCGAGAUUUUAAGCUCCAUGUAGACAACAAUGAGGCUGUGAAGACACAAAUACCACGGGAACUGCUGCGCGCCGAGUACCUGUAUAUAUCGAAGCCCCUUAUCCACCUGGCCGCCAUGGGCCUGUUCGGCCAGCGUAGCUGGAAGCAGUAUGUGGUGGCAUUGUCCGUGGACCUAUACAGUAUCCAUCUGUACCGCCAGCACCGUCACCUAAUGUCCAAGCAACAGAAACUGGAGCUGAGCCGGCGCUGCAUAAAUAUUCUGUACUUCCUGGUCCGGUCGCCGUUCUACGAUAGCUUCACCAAAUCGAGGUUGGAACGGAUCCUGGACUUUGUGGCACAAACAGUGCCCAUUACGAAAAUGGUGGCCGGACCCAUUAAGGACUACAUUCCGACGUGGCAAAACACUUACUUCUACCUGUGGUCCACCUAGGGACUGCCCAUGGAUAGAGCGAGAGUAUUUCCCUUAGUCUUAAGUUUUAAAGUUACGGGUGUAUAGUGAUGGGGUGGGCCUUUGGCACACAAGGAAGGCGUUGAAGUAAUCCCUGGACGAUUAAUUAUUAAUGAAUAUACAUUUUUUAUGAAAUAGA